GCAUCAUCACAACCCACCAUGGCAACACCUGCGGAGACAAUCAACGUCGAAGGGCUCUUCUCAGUCAAGGGUCUUGUAGCUCUCGUCACGGGAGGCGGCACAGGCAUCGGCCUGAUGAUAGCCAAGGCGUUGGCCGACGGGGGCGCGGCGCGCGUAUACAUUGUCGGGCGGCGGGUGGACGUGCUGCAGCAGGCGGCGGCGUCCAUAAACCGGCCGACGGUGGUGGUGCCCCUGUACUGCGACGCCACGUCCAAGGUCAGCCUCGAGAGCAUCGUGUCCGUCGUCGAGACUGACGUCGGCCACCUCGACCUGCUGGUCUGCAACGCGGGCAUCGGCGGGCCCCAGGUCAAAGCCCCCGUGCCCGGGGUCACGACCCUUGAUGAGUGGCGCGACUCUCAGAUGGCGAUUGACUUUGAGGAUUUCACCAAUACCUUCCGCGUCAAUGGUACUAGUGUCUGGUUCACGGCCAUGGCGUUUCUCAAGUUGUUGGAUGAGGGGAACAAGCGGAGAGCAGGGAACGGGCCGAGCAGCCAGGUCGUGGUCACGAGCAGCAUUGCCGCGUUUAAUAAGGCAGCGCCAGGAGGGUGGGCGUACGGUGCUAGUAAGGCUGCGGCGACGCAUAUUGCAAAGAUGCUGAGCGUUGUGCUGCCCACUUGGGGGAUCAGGGCGAAUUGCCUCUGUCCCGGACUGUUCCCAAGCGAGAUGGCUGCCCCCAUUGUCGAGGCUGCAGGCGGUUCCAUUACAGGCGGUGGCAUCAUCCCCCUGGACAAGAGAAUAGUGCCCCUUGGCCGCAUGGGUGACAAUGUGGACAUGGCCGGCCAGAUUCUCUACCUCGCCUCGCGCGCCGGCGCCUAUCUCAACGGAAACACGAUUGUGGUGGAUGGUGGCCGGUUAGGAACUUUCCCAAGUACCGGUUAUUGAUGCUUGAUGCCUGGCCGGCCACCCGGAAUUCUGAAAACAGAAAAUGAAGACGGCGUCUUCGGGGCAUAUUGUAGAAUGCCAAAGACAGAUGCAGAUAAUCCGAGAUGUCUUGGGCCAUGCAUCGCAGACCUUGUCAGUCAGUACCUGUGGGAUGGCCAACCUAAAAACGACAGCACUUUACGGGCAGAUUACCGGCAUGCCUGAAGAUAGGUACAGCAGUCACCUCGCAUUUUCAGCUUCUGGUAUAGAAAGGAAAGGUUAGAUGGGAACUGCCCGCCAGCUUGGAGGAAAGCAACUGCCCCUGAGGCAAGACUUGGGUACGGGGCGACUCACUGCGGGCGUCGCUCCUGCUCUCCUCCC